AUGACAGAGUACGCUCCAACAGAGCCACAGCGAUUUCCGAGGCAAGCGUACGCUUUUAAUAGUCAAGUAGUCCAAAACUGGGACACCCCUAACAUGCCAGCUCAGGAAAUGCAAAGUUAUGAGCCAACAGAUAGCUCAAACUCAGUAAACAACUGGGUCAUGAACGGUAACCCUUCUUAUGCUGCUCAAGGAAAUGCAUACCAGACAAAUGGGAUUCCGCCAGGUUACGGUGCAUCUGUAUCAGAACAACCCUCAAUAAACCAUAUCAACGUACAUCGAAACAUUUCAAAUAGUAUAGGCAUAUCAGUUAAUACAGCUAAUCUUCCGGUAGGUAGCGCUAAUGUAAUCAGUACAGACGCUGGUAAAAUCAUUUGUGUGGCAGAUGUAAGAGGCAACAUUUCUCAAUUGAAUCAUCUUGCAAAACAAACUGGUGCUAUGGCUGUUAUCCAUUCGGGUGAUUUCGGAUUUUAUGAAAAUAAUAGUCUGGAACGAAUUAGCGAUAGGACUUUACGUCACCUUGUUACUUAUAGUACUAUUAUUUCUACGCAACAAAGAAACAAACUUCUUCAUAAUUCUACAUCUCCAGAGGAACUACGCCGCACAAUUAAAGAAUCACCUACUCCUCUAUUAUCUGAAUUUCCACUUUUCAUGAAAGGAGAAAAAACACUUGAUGUUCCUGUAUAUACAGUAUGGGGUGCAUGUGAAGAUGUUACUGUUUUAGAGAAAUUUAGGAUGGGACAUUACAAGGUCAAUAAUUUAUAUAUUUUAGAUGAAGCCAACACUUAUUCAAUUGAUGUGGGUGGCGUAAGUUUAAGAUUGUUUGGAUUAGGUGGUGCCGUGGUUCAACAUAAACUCUUUGAUAAUGGCGAAGGUAUUUCAACCAUUGCCGGGGGUCAUGGAACUAUGUGGACAACUAUUUUACAGAUAGGUGAAUUGGUUGAUACUGCUCAAAAACAUUUCGAUCCAACUGAAACGAGAGUUCUCGUCACGCAUGCUAGUCCUGGUCGUGAGGGACUUUUAGCACAAUUAUCUGUUGUUUUACGUGCUGACUUCACUAUUUCCGCUGGUCUUCAUUUCCGUUAUGGUAUUUCAUACAACGAGUUUUCUGUACAAGUUGACCAAGCAAAUUUUUGUAAUAAAUUAGAAACCUCCAGAAAAAGUUUCUAUGAAAUGUGGGAGUCUGUUAAAAGUCAAGUUGAAGGAUAUAUUGAUGAAAAUCAGAAAGUUCUUUUGCAUAACGCACUCACUGUUGUAGAAAAAGUUCCAUCGAUUAAUCGAGAAAGAGAGGAGCCUUCCUUUAAAAAUAUGUGGAACUUUAAUCUGCCCGAUGCUGCAUUUGGUUGGCUAUUAUUGGAUAUUAAAGAUGGCAGAGUCUCGGCCGAGACAAAAGCACAAGGUUUCAAUUUCUCAUAUCGUCGAGCCCCACCAACUCACCCAAUUACAGGCGCGCCCCAAAGUACACAGAUCGGUGCACCUACCAGUCCAUCACCCAUGAACCUCCAAACUAGACGAACACAAUCACAAUGGCAGCCUUCUCCUGCUCUUGUUCCUCAACCACACAUAAGUGCUGGACCGUCUCCAAUUUUAGUUCCUCAAAGAUCAUCAUCUCCAACUCAGAUCACGUCACCUAAUGAACUUAAUAGUAAUAGCUGGAAACAAUAUAACGAGUCUUCAUCUCCUACAAAUGAAGUUUCAACAUCACAAAAAAUUUUAGAAACGAAUAAUGAUACUUCUGAACGUGAUUCAUCCAAACUUGCUGGAAGUGAUACAAGUAAUAGUAGCCAGGAAGAUACAAUAACCAGUAAUACUAUUAGCAAUAAUGAUACCGCCAAUACUAAUCUUUCAGAAAAUAUCAUCAAUAAUAAUCAAAUAAAUGGAACCGUAGAUGGUGGUGGUACUUGGGCUGAUCAAACGCAACAUGAAUCUAAUUGGCCAAAAUCAGAUAUAAAUGAGUCUAAUCAGGAUCAUAUUAACAAUAAUACAAACAGCGAAGAAGGCUCUACUGUACCGCAAAACCGCAACCAAUAUAAUAAUCGUCGCGGUAAUAUUAAAAGCCCAUUUUCUACUUACGUUGGUAACUUGACACCGCCUGUAACCGAGGAUGAACUUAGAGCAAUUUUCGAAAAGGCCGAUUGUCAGAUUGAAAGGGUUCGCUUGAUGUUUGAUCAACAACAUGGUGGACAACGUAGCUUUGCAUAUGUAGACUUUAGUGAUGCUGCAUCACAAGAAAAGGCUAUUCUAUUAAGUGGCCAGGGGGUUCCGUAA